AUGAAACUCACAUCUUUGGUGUCAAGCUUGACUGCCUUGGCCUCUAUCUGCAGUGCCGCCGCGACUACCAAAGCGGUUCCAGCCUCCGUUACUUUCGACAACAACAGACGCUUUCUUUUCGACACCGAUGGCAGACAAAUCGAUGCCUACGGAGCCAAAAUCAACAAUUUCAACGGCAAAUACUAUCUCUACGGGAACUCGUUUUCGGAGACUGGAGUUGCGUAUGGCAUCAAAAGCUACUCGAGUGUGGAUCUCGUGAGCUGGCAAUACGAAGGCUUCCUCUUCGACCCUUCUGGCAAGAAUAACCCUUGCGCUGGUUCUGGAGGUUGUGGUCGUCCUCAUAUUGUGUUUAACGCAAACACCAAGACUUAUGUCUUGUGGGCUAAUGCUGGGGCUCCUGGAUAUGCUGUUGCGACUUCGAAGGCGCCGACUGGUCCUUUUGUGUUUGAAGCACACAGAGCACUUAUUGAUCCCGCUUUUGAUAAUCUCAAUCCUGCGGAUUUCUCGGUGGAGGUCAUAAAUGGAGAGGGCUUUAUCGUUUUCUCGGCUCUUAACUUUAGAGAUCCUAGGGCUGGUGAUGUUUGGCCUCCGAUUUUCCAGAAUAUGCAUGUGAGCAAGUUGACUGCGGACUUUAUGAAUACUACGAGACAAAGUUGGCCAGUUGUGUCUUCUGCAAACGACCUUAUCGACAAUGAAGCUGAAAGUCCAGAGAUCUUCAAGGUUGGAAGUACUUACUAUGUUGCUGCUUCCAAUACUUGUGGGUAUUGUAAUGGAAGUAUUGCAUUACUUUAUCGCUCCAACUCGAUACAAGGACCCUGGACACGUCAGAUCUUGGAAGGGUAUUCGUGUAAUGGACAGCUUGAGGGAGUUUUGCCUUUGACUAACCCUACGACUGGAAAUGUUACUAAUAUCUGGCAUUCGACUACCGUCCCAGGAGGUCCGAGGACGGGGUUUAGUGGGCAUACCUUCCAGCCUUUGAUUUUCAAUACCGAUGGCAGUGCGAAGAAUCUCGAUUGUUCGAGUACUGCGACUUUUCCUGUGGAGUUUACGAAAGGGAAUGGAAGUGUUGCAGCAGGAAAUGCGACUAAAGCGGGAGAUGCCACGCCUGCCCUCGCGGUAUACUCCCCCGUCUGCGAUUCCGACAGUUUCAUACUGUAUCAAACCUGGACAGCUUCCAAAAGUGGCACGAUCAAAAGUGUAUCGGUUAAUGUGGCGAGAGGAGUCCAAACCGUACCUCUCUCCCUCACCGUUUUCAAACUUUCUUCCAUCAACGACCUCUUCACACCCGAGUAUAAAUGGACACCCCUUGGCUCUAGCUCCUGUUUCGCCAAUCAAACCUCCUACACCUUCGACACCGUCACCGUACCUCUUAUCAAUGCCACUGUUUCUCAAGGCGAGCUUCUGGGAUUCAGACUUCAAGGGGCGGAUUAUUCGCCUUGGUGUCAUUUGGAGUUUGAUACGAAGGAGGAAGCGUGUGCAGGAAACUUCAGACUUUUUCAACAGGGGCAGGGACAGUAUUCUUGGAGGGGGUUGCAGGGGAAGAAUUCGCCGGUUUAUGAGAGACAAGGCAAGAGUGUUAAGUUUUUCGCGACGUAUGCUUGA